CAACCCCGCCAUGCUGUGUUUGUGGAACCUCACACUCAGCAAGCUAGAGGAAAGUUUGUCCUGACAGUGGAGGCAGUGGCCCGGCUGGAGCUAGGACAGCCGGGAUGGAGCCCUCAAGCCCAAGGAAGCUGGGCCGUAUGCAGGAGGAUGGCUUCGAGCUGCAGCCCAGGAGGACCACUGACCGGGGGCUGGUCUCCAACCUCCGGCGCAGCACCAGCAGCCUCUUCAAGAGCAGGAGGCUGCAGUCCACCUUUGGCAACAGUGAAAAGCAAGAAAAUCUCAGUUCAUGGAUUCCUGAAAACAUCAUGAAGAAAGAAUGUGUGUAUUUUGUCGAAAGCUCCAAAAUGUCAGAUGCUGGGAAGGUGGUGUGUAUGUGUGGCUACACGCGCGAGCAGCACUUGGAGGAGGCCAUCAAGGCCCACGUGUUCCAAGGCCAGGAGUGGGACCCCAGAAAGCACAUCCAGGAGAUGCCCACAGAUGCCUUUGGUGACAUUGUCUUCAUAGGCUUGGGCCAGAAGGAGGGAAAGUAUGUCCGAGUCUCCCAAGACACACCUUCCAGCGUUAUCUACCAUCUCAUGACCCGGCACUGGGGUCUGGAUGUCCCCAACCUCUUAAUCUCGGUGACGGGUGGGGCCAAGAACUUCAACAUGAAGCCGAGGCUAAAAAGCACCUUCCGGAGAGGACUGGUCAAGGUGGCCCAGACCACAGGGGCUUGGAUCAUCACUGGGGGAUCCCACACUGGGGUGAUGAAGCAGGUGGGUGAAGCGGUGAGGAACUUCAGCCUGAGCAGCAGCUACAAGGAAGGUGAUGUCAUCACCAUUGGAGUUGCCACGUGGGGCACUGUUCAUAACAGGGAGAGUCUGGUUCACCCUAAGGGUGGCUUCCCUGCUGAGUACGUCCUGGAUGAGGAAGGCCAGGGGAACCUCACCUGUCUGGACAGCAACCACUCCCACUUCAUCCUGGUAGAUGAUGGCACCCAUGGCAGGUAUGGGGUGGAGAUUCCCCUAAGGACCAGGCUGGAGAAGUUCAUAUCAGAGCAGACAAAGGAAAGGGGAGGGGUGGCCAUCAAGAUCCCCAUCGCCUGCAUGGUGCUGGAGGGCGGCCCUGGCACGCUGCAAACCAUCUACAAUGCCAUCACCAGUGGCAUCCCCUGCGUGAUCAUGGCAGGCUCAGGCCGCGUGGCUGAUGUCAUCGCCCAGGUGGCCAACCUACCCAUCUCUGAGAUCACCGUCUCCCUGAUCCAGAAGAAACUGAGCAUGUUCUUCCAGGAAAUGGAUAUCUUCAGAGAAAUCAGGAUCGUGGAGUGGACCAAAAAGAUCCAAGACAUUGUCCGGAGGAGGCAGCUGCUGACCGUCUUCCGGGAGGGCAAGGAUGGCCAGCAGGACAUGGACGUGGCCAUUCUGCAGGCCUUACUAAAGGCCUCUCGGAGCCACGACCACUUUGGCCAUGAGAACUGGGAUCACCAGCUGAAGCUAGCAGUGGCUUGGAACCGCGUGGACAUUGCACGGAGCGAGAUCUUCACUGAUGAGCGGCAGUGGAAGCCUUCAGAUCUGCACCCCAUGAUGGCCGCUGCCCUCAUCUCCAACAAGCCUGACUUUGUGAAGCUCUUCCUGGAGAACGGGGUGCAUCUGAAGGAGUUUGUCACUCAGGAUACCCUACUCUACCUGUAUGAGAACCUGGCACCCUCCUGCCUGUUCUACUUCAAGCUCCAGAAGGUGCUGGCCGAGGAGCCCAAGCGCCUGGCCAGCGCCCCUGGCGUGCCCCGCCUGCAGAUGCAUCAUGUGGCACAGGUGCUGCGUGAGUUGCUGGGAGACUUCACGAAGCCACUCUACCCCCAGCCCCAGCACAGUGACCGGCCACGACUCUCCCUCCCUGUGCCACACAUCAAGCUCAAUGUGCAGGGAGUGAGUCUCCGGUCCCCCUGCAAGCAAUCGCCAGGGCACGUCACCUCCACCAUGGACCCUGUCCGUGACCUGCUCAUUUGGGCCAUCAUCCAGAACCGCCAGGAGCUGGCGGAAAUCAUCUGGGCUCAGAGCCAGGACUGCACCAUGGCAGCCUUGGCCUGCAGCAAGCUUCUGAAGGAGCUGUCCAAGGAGGAGGAGGACACGGACAGCUCAGAGGAGAUGCUGGCACUGGCGGAGGAGUAUGAGCUGAAAGCCAUCGGGGUCUUCACUGAGUGCUACCGGAAGGACGAGGACCGGGCCCAGAAGCUGCUCAUCCGCGUGUCAGAGGCCUGGGGGAAGACCACCUGCCUGAAGCUUGCUCUUGAAGCAAAGCACAUGACCUUCGUGUCUCACGGAGGCGUCCAGGCCUUCCUGACCAAGGUGUGGUGGGGCCAGCUCUGCGUGGACAACGGGCUGUGGCGGGUGACAUUGUGCAUGCUGGUCUUCCCACUGGUCUUCACCGGCCUCAUCUCCUUCAGGGAAAAGAGGCUGCAGCAUGAGAAUGGCCUGGCCCGAGUCCGUGCCUUCUUCAACGCGCCCGUGGUCAUCUUCCUCCUCAACAUACUCUCCUACUUUGCCUUCCUCUGGCUCUUCGCCUAUGUGCUGAUGGUGGACUUCCAGGCCACGCCCUCCUGGCGCGAGUGUGUCAUCUACUGCUGGCUCUUCUCGCUGGUGUGUGAGGAGGCUCGGCAGCUCUUCUAUGACCCCGACGGGUUUGGGCUGCUGAAGGUGGCCUCCUUGUACUUCAGCAACUUCUGGAAUAAGCUGGAUGUUGGAGCCAUCCUGCUCUUCAUAGCAGGGCUGACCUGCAGGCUCAUUCCAGCAACGCUGUACACCGGACGGGUCAUCCUGUCCCUGGACUUCAUCAUGUUCUGCCUCCGGCUGAUGCACAUCUUCACCGUCAGUAGGAUUCUGGGGCCCAAGAUAAUCAUCGUGAAGCGGAUGAUGAAGGACAUCUUCUUCUUCCUCUUCCUGCUGGCGGUGUGGGUCGUGUCCUUUGGGGUGGCCAAGCAGGCCAUUCUCAUCCACAAUGAGAGCCGGGUGGACUGGAUCUUCCGAGGGGUCGUCUACCACUCAUACCUCACCAUCUUUGGGCAGAUCCCGGCUUACAUUGAUGGAGUGAACUUCAACCCCGAACAGUGCAGCCCCAACGGCACAGAUCCCUACAAGCCCAAGUGCCCGGAGAGUGAUGUGACCCUGCACAAGCCUGCCUUCCCUGAGUGGCUGACGGUCAUCCUGCUCUGCCUGUAUCUGCUCUUCACCAACAUCCUUCUGCUCAACGUUCUCAUCGCCAUGUUCAACUACACAUUUCAGCAGGUCCAGGAGCACACAGACCAGAUCUGGAAGUUUCAGCGCCAUGACCUGAUCGUGGAGUACCACGGCCGGCCCCCGGCCCCACCACCCUUCAUUCUCCUCAACCACGUGCAGCUCCUGGUCAAUAGGGUCAUCCUCAAGAUCCCACCCAAGAGGCACACGCAGCUCAAAGACAAGCUGGAGAAGAAAGAGGAGGCAGCUCUCCUGUCCUGGGAGAUCUACCUGAAAGAGAACUACCUGCAGAACCAGCAGUACCAGCUGAAGCAGAGGCCUGAGCAGAGGAUCCAAGACAUUGGCAAUAAGGUCGACACCAUGGUGGAGCUGCUGGACAUGGAUCGAACGAAGAGGUCAGGCUCCUUGGAGCAGAGACUGACCUCCCUGGAGGAGCAGAUGGCCCAGACAGCCAGAGCGCUGCACUGGAUUGUGAGGGCCCUAAGGGAUGGCGGCUUCGGCUUCGGGGUGGAAGCCCCGGCUUCAGCCCCCCAGAAGGCCCCUGAGGAGCAGGACCUAGCACCGGGCAGCAGGCAGAAGGUGGAGGACCAGGAUGACCUGUACCAUGUGAACGCCCGUCACCUCCUCUACCCCAGCUCCCCAGUCCCACGCUUCCCCGUACCCGAUGAGAAGGUACCCUGGGAGAUGGAGUUUGUGAUCUACGACCCUCCCUUCUACACGGCUGAGAGGAAGGACAAGGCAGUUGUGGACCCUGUGGGGAGCUCCCUGGAGCUGCUGUCCAAGAUCAAUUACAACACUAUGGAUGGGCUGGUGGACCGCCGGAGCUUCCAUGGCCCCUACGCAGUCUGCGACGGCCUUCCCUUAAACCCCAUGGGCCGCACGGGGCUGCGUGGGCGUGGGAGCCUCCGCUGCUUCGGACCCAACCAUGCACUGCACCCGGUCGUCACCAGGUGGCGACGGAACCAGGACGGGGCCAUCUGCAGGAAGGGCAUCAAGAAGAUCCUGGAGGUGCUGGUGAUCAAGCACUCGCUGUCAGAGCACUGGGCGCUGCCGGGGGGCUCCCGGGAACCAGGGGAGACGCUGCCCCGGAAGCUGAAGUGUGUCCUGCAGCAGGAGUUCUGGCCGUCCUUCGAGAGCCUGUUGAAGCAAGGGGUGGAGGUGUACAAAGGUUACGUGGAUGACCCGAGGAACACGGACAAUGCCUGGAUCGAGACAGUGGCUAUCAGCAUCCACUUCCAGGACCAGAAUGAUGUGGACCUGCAGCAGCUGAACUCUCACCUGCACUCCCACGACCCCGAGGUGUCCUUCCGCUGGCAGGUGGUGGACAGGUGCAUCCCGCUGUAUGCCAACCACAAGACCAUCCUCCAGAAGGUGGCCACUCUGUUUGGAGCAUACUACUGACCGGGACUAUGUGGCUGCGGCUGGCAGCAAGGCCUGCUGUUGAUGCUGGGCUCACCCCCGGAUCUCGGCCCUGCGUGGGUGGGUCCUGGCACCCCUUGUGGUCACCUCGAGUUGGCUAGUCAAUGGCUCCUGAACUGAGGAAGUAUCAAGGCACCUCAAGAGGCAGACCCAAGGGAGGGGGAUGGGCCUGGCUCUGGCACCCAGCAGUUACCCAGAGUUGAGGGGCACCAGGACCACACCAGCUGGGUGUUGGCCAGUCACUGGCUGGGCCGAAGUCAGUUCACUUCCUAGUCUUAUCUUCUCAAGGAGUAUCUCCAUCAUAGGCCACAGCCCAGGUUUCCUCCUCUUUCACCUGGCCUGUGAGGACCUGGGAUGUUGUCCCUGGCUGGGGCUGGGCAGUGUGUGCUUGCUACGGCUCCCCAACCUGGCUGCCAGGUGAGCCUCUGCAGGGCAGGCAGGCAGGAGAUGUUACCCAGCCUGGCCUGCCUCAAAGUUGCAGGGAAGUCUCUGCUGUGUUUCUCAACAUGAGGCAUCCGUGUUCUGGGAGGCACGGGCAGGUGAGCAAGCCUCAGACAGGAGCCGGCAGACCCAACAUGCAACAGAGAGGCAAGCUUGACUCUGCCAGGCCCUCCCGCACGGCCCUCCGGCCUCCUCCUUCCCUCUCAGCUCUGUCAAGGGGAUGGUGGCUGGCCAGCUUGAUUUUGGUGUCAGGGACACAUCUAAGCAUUCCCACCAGGAGCCAAUGGGACGGGGAAUGUUUCAAGGACCCAACAUUAAAUUGGCUCUCUUGCUGCCUGUCCA